GGGUGUGUGCUUUUUUUCAACGCCUUUCACUAAGCCCACGAGAGUGUAUCUGACAGUAUCAUGGCAACCUCAUGUCCCAACCUGCAUGUAGCAUGUUUUGUCAAUAUUCCAAGUUUUCACAGGCGGUUAUUGCUGUAGUUCCAUUUUAGACCAUUCCAACUUUACGAAAUGCCCCAGAACGCCAGAAUGACGGUUGAGACCAUCUACAUUGCACGACAUGGAUAUCGGUUGAGCUGGGUGACGACUACUUGGAAGAGCGAAACAGGACUUCCGCGCGACCCACCACUGGCUGCCUUCGGGGUGACGCAGGCUCAAGAACUGGCAGAUUACUUCCUCUCGAUACCCCUCGAGCAGCGUCCAACUGCCAUUUUCUCAUCACCAUACUAUCGAUGUCUCCAAACUGCUCAACCGGUCUCUAUUGCAUUAGGCGUUCCCAUUUACGUCGAACAUGGUCUGUCCGAGUGGUACUCACCAGUUGUUCCAGGUUCCGGGUUGCAUCCUCGUCCAGCAUCCGCAUCUGAGCUCAAAGCCUAUUUCUCAGAGAUCGACGACUCAUGGCAAACCGUUUACUAUCCUUCUCGCAAGGGCGAAGACGUCAAGGAAUGUCAUGUUCGGGCAGGACGCUCUCUGAAUAGGCUCCUGCAAGAAACCGAGCGAAAAUAUGAGGGAAAGCAUAAACGAAUUCUGCUUAUGAGCCAUGCGGCAACCACGAUCGCACUCACGAGAGAGCUAGUGGGCAACCGAGAAUUAUCUCUGAGGGUUGGGUGCUGUUCCAUCACCGAAGUACAAAGAAAGCCGGAUGGUUGUGGUUUCAUUGGUGGAUGGGAGGCACUACGUUUGGCAUCCGGUGCACAUCUCAAGGAGGGAUCUACUAGAGAUUGGGGUUUUGAAGACAUUACCAUCGCUGAUGGAAAGGUGAUAGCGGAUCCUGGACAGCCUGGCUCUGAGCAUGAAGUCGACGAGCCCGUGGGCUGUCAAGUGAGCGGAUUGAGUUCGCGUAUGUGAAGCGGGAAUUUCUUCAUUGAGGUUUCCAGAGGAUCUACAUAUAGAAUACACUAGCUGAUUGCAUUGUACAUGGCAUUUAGGAUAUUCUGGAUACCCAAUUCUACAAGGUUAUAUAUGCGCUUGCAUAACUC